AUGAGUCCCUUCCGGGAAAAAGCAGGUCACCAGAAUGGCGGCUUUCAGGGUAGACGAAGAUCUUGGUCGCAGCAGUUCAAGUUCCGUCGUGACUACCGAAGCCAGCUGCCCGAGAUCAUCUCGCGGUUCACUGGUUAUCGAGCCCCCGACGCCAGUCCACCAUAUUCUCCUCUGCCGUUUCCACCCUUUUCGUGGCUCAGCAAAAUUCCGUUGAAAUAUGAAACAUGGCUGUUCGCCUGGAUUGGAGCUUUUGGGGGAAUUUUGUUGAUCGAAGCGAUCAUGUCCACUAGUACCGCGUUUCGGGAUGUCUACAGUGCGCCGAUCAUCAUCACGUCCUUCGGUGCUUCCGCGGUCCUUCUUUAUGGGGUGAUCGAGUCUCCAGUCGCACAACCGCGUAACUUUGUUCUUGGCCAUUUCCUCUCCGCUCUGGUAGGAACAUGCAUCACGCGCUUGUUUGUCCUGAAUGGACAGUAUAGAGGAUAUUUGGAUAACACGCAUUUCCAUCCUUCUACGUUCAUUAAUGGAGGUUUGUCAAUGGCGACAUCGCUGCUUGUGAUGCUCAUAACAGGAACCGCUCAUCCACCGGCUGGAGCAACAGGAUUAAAUGCGGCUGUUCUGGCGGACGUGGUUUACCUCUCAUGGCGGUAUCUCCCAACUGUCAUCGCGUCAUCUUUGAUCAUGCUCGGGUGGGCUCUGAUCAUUAACAACUUGGGACGUCGUCGCUACCCACUCCACUGGUGGGCCCCGGGACCUACCUUUGUUUGUGACCCUGUGGAGGAGCACGAUGAGUCUCUUCGUGAGGUCGAGGAAGCUGAAGUCGAAAGGGAGGAAUCUGAAGAGGGUGAUCUCGCAGUUGAAAGUGACGAAUCGGUCCCUGAGCUAGAGCAACCUAUCUCUCAUACAGAUUCUAAUGCAGAUGAUGCACGUGAGCGGCCUCACGACGGAUAG